AUCAAAGGUACAUUCACAGCCAAACGUGGCCAGGAAAAUUUCAACCCUUUCAGUCAAGGGUCCUUGCUUAAAAAUUGUAUGGGUGUUUUGUGUGGCCCUACACCCCCAAGUUUGAUAGAUCGACGAGGGAUUGUGACUCAAGACCCAGAGCCAGAAUCACAUGUAAGUCCUGUUCAGUCAGAGAAAGAGAGUAACGCGGUCAGUGCUCACCAUGAGUAUUACGGCUCCACAAACAUCACAACGCAGAAAACAAACAACACUGGGACCAAUACCGGAGCUGACUGGACCAGUGUUGUGGUCACCAGCGAAUUACCACCAGACAGUGUGAAAAAACGAGAUAUGAUCAGCUACCAGACACCAGAUGGGUCCAUAAACAACAAAGUCCCACCCUUGAAUGGAACAGGAGUUAAUUCGCCACAGAACUGCAUAGGGAAGAAGAAUCAUAUUUGGGAUAUGACUCUUAAUCAGCUUGACUACCUCGUAUACUUAGUUUAUUUAUAUUGCAUAAAGGGAAAUUCCUUGACGAUCAGUUGUCCAGCAUUCUUAGUUUAUUUAUAUUGCAAAAACGGAAAUUCCUUGACGAUCAGUUGUCCAGUAUACUUAGUUUAUUUAUUUUGCAUAAAGGGAAAUUCCAUGACGAUCAGUUGUCCAGCAUUCUUAGUUUAUUUAUAUUCAUAUUAA